UAGGAGGGGAAAAAAGAGGAGGAGGAGGGCAAACAGGAGGAGCCGGGUAAAGUCCGCGAGCCGCAGCCCGAGCCCUAACCGAAGCUCGGGACUGAGCCUGGCUCCCCACUGCAGACAUCCGCGCCGGCUCCCCGCCCGUAGCUGGGCCACCUCUGGAGCGCGCGGGAGGUCGCGCUCAGCCAUCAGCCGGGCGGGGACAAAGAUUGGGACCCAAGAUGCUGUCCAAUGUGACCCAGGUGGGGGUAGCUCUUCUCUCCAAGCUGGCGUUCCAGGUGCCUUGGACACAGGUGGGCCUCUCUGUCCUGUGUUUCUACCUUGCCUUUGGAGGCUGGAGGUUCAUCUGGAUCAUCUGGAAGACCCUUGGGCGUGAUAUCUUUGCUGGGACUGUCCUGUUGAAGGUAAAGAAGAAAGUGAGGAAGUACCUCCAGGAGCGCCAGACUGUGCCCACAAUCUUUGCUACCACCCUGAAGCGCCAUCCAGACAAGACAGCCCUAAUAUUCGAGGGCACAGAUACCCACUGGACUUUCCGCCAGUUGGACACCUACUCCAAUGCAGUUGGCAACCUGUUGGAAGCAAGGGGCCUGGUUUCGGGGAAUGUGGUGGCCCUCUUCAUGGAGAACCGAAAUGAGUUUGUGGGCCUCUGGCUGGGCAUGGCCAAACUGGGGGUGGAGGCAGCCCUUAUUAACACUAAUCUGCGACGCGAUGCCCUUCGUCACUGCCUGAUUACCUCUCAGGCCCGUAUCCUCAUUUUUGGCAGUGAGCUAGCUUCUGCUGUUUAUGAAAUCCACAGCACCCUGAACCCCUCCUUGAGUCUCCUUUGCUCAGGGGACUGGGACCCUAGCUCUGUGCCAGCAGGAACUGAGCACCUGGAACCCCUUCUGAAGAAUUCCUCCAAGAACCUGCCCACACAACCAAAAAAAGGCUUCACUGACAAGCUUUUCUACAUCUACACCUCCGGCACCACGGGGAUGCCCAAAGCUGCCAUCGUGGUGCACAGCAGGUAUUACCGGAUGGCUGCCCUGGUCUACUAUGGCUUCCGAAUGCGUUCUAGUGACAUUGUAUAUGACUGCCUCCCCCUCUACCACUCAGCAGGAAACAUUGUGGGGAUUGGACAGUGUCUGAUUCAUGGGAUGACUGUGGUGAUCAGAAAGAAAUUCUCUGCCUCUCGAUUCUGGGAUGAUUGCAUCAAGUAUAACUGUACGAUUGUCCAGUAUAUUGGAGAGUUGUGCCGCUACCUUCUGAACCAGCCUCCAAGAGAAGCAGAGACACAGCACUGUGUGCGCAUGGCCCUAGGUAAUGGGCUUCGCCAGUCUAUCUGGAUGGACUUCAUCAAUCGUUUCCACAUCCCCCAAGUGGCUGAGUUCUAUGGGGCCACUGAAUGCAACUGCAGCUUGGGGAACUUCAAUAGCCAGGUGGGGGCCUGUGGCUUCAAUAGCCGCAUCAUAUCCUUUGUCUACCCCAUUCGACUGGUCCGGGUGAAUGAAGACACCAUGGAGUUGAUCAGGGACCAUAAAGGCAUCUGCCUUCCCUGUAAUCCAGGGGAGCCGGGCCAGCUCGUUGGCCGAAUCGUGCAGCAUGAUCCUCUUCGGCGCUUUGAUGGAUACGUCAACCCCGGUGCCAACAAUAAGAAGAUUGCCUAUGAUGUCUUCAAGAAAGGAGACAUGGCCUACCUCAGUGGUGAUGUGCUGGUGAUGGAUGAGCUGGGCUACCUAUAUUUCCGGGAUCGAACAGGUGACACUUUCCGGUGGAAAGGAGAGAAUGUCUCCACUACUGAAGUGGAGGGAACUCUGAGCCGACUCUUAAACAUGGUUGAUGUGGCCGUGUAUGGGGUAGAAGUGCCAGGUCUGGAGGGCCGGGCAGGUAUGGCUGCCAUUGCAGACCCCAAAGGUGGCUGUGACCUCACCGAAUUUGCCAAAGUGCUGCAGAAGGAACUCCCACUCUAUGCCCGUCCCAUCUUUCUACGCUUCCUGCCUGAGCUUCAUAAAACAGGGACCUACAAAUUCCAGAAGACGGAGUUACGGAGGGAGGCCUACAACCCAGCUUUGGUGAAAGACCCCCUUUUCUAUCUGGAUAUCCAACUCAACAGCUAUCUUCCCCUGGACUCCAAGGCUUACGCCCGUAUCCAGGCUGGGGAAGUGAAGCUGUGAUUGUCUCCAUCCCUGCUCCCUCUCCAGGGGCUGGACUGAGUCAGGGGCUAAGCCCCUGGAGGGUUCUUGGGGGACAAGAAGGGUGUCAGACCAAAGUAGGCAGCGGUAAGGGCCAUUCCCCCUCCUCCAGAGUGCUGACUGGGGUGGAGGGAGGAACACUUCUGCUCUGAAAUUGCCAAGUGACUUUACUGCCAUCUUUCUCUGCCCCCACAUUAGAGGUUUUCCAUGAAAGCCUUGUUGUCUGAGGAGCUGGAAGGCUUAGGGUAGGACAGGUUCAAUCCUUCAUUUUGUCUCCACACCUCAGAGAGCAGAGACUGACUGAGCAUUCUCAGGGUGAUGUCUUGGGUAGGGGGUGCAGGUAGGGCAGAGGGGUUGAGAGAGUUGAGAGGGAGGUGCUCUAAUUACGAUUCCUGCUGUCUCAUACCAGACCUUUUCAAAAGGUGAAGACCCUGAAUUCAGGAAGACAGCCAGCAGACAUUAAAAGCAUUCACACACACCCACAACCCCCCUUUUUUUUUUUUUGCCCAAGAGAAUUAGGACAAAGGUUCUGUUUCUCAUUGGGCUAUGGCUGCUAUCUAAGCUACUAUAUGACUUCAGAGGUGUAGACAAAGGAGGGUGGUGUAGCUAAAGGGAUCACAGUAAAGAAUUGCAGGACUCAACCUCUACAGCUUCAAGAGCUUAGAGCCCUGCCUGAAAUCUUGAGCUAGGGGGUGCUCUGGAGACAUCCCCUUCCCCUACACACCCACCAAUUGUCUUCCUUUCCUUGGCCGAAGCCUCUUCAGUGGAGUCUCUUGUCUGGCCUUGUAGAUAAUUCCAAAGCUUCUCAGGACCAUUGCAGAGAGAGGAAGAGGCUGGCUCCGUUCCAGGAGCUGCCCUUCCCACCUCCUGUCCCUGCAGCCUUUCCCCUUCCCCGCCCCACCAAGGAUUACUGUUUAUGUCUCUGUCUCCAUUUAUCCCUCAUAUCCCUUGGCCUGGCUCAUACCUCUUACUGUGGAAGAGCAUGGGGAUGGGGUGUCUAUAUGGCAAAUAAAUUCAGACUUGAUUUCCUCCCCCCCUUUAA